AUGGUUCGCAAGUGCCUUUUGCUGUCGCUGUUGGCAGCAUGCAGUGCUGCGGUUAAGAUCACGGUUGCAAAGUCCGGUGGCAAUGCCACCAGUGAUCUGCAGUAUGGCAUUAUGGAAGAGGAAAUCAACCACUGUGGUGAGGGAGGUCUGUACGCAGAGUUGAUCCGCAACCGCGCCUUUCAAGGAGGGUCUAAAUUCCCUUCCAACUUGGAUGCUUGGAUCCCACUCGAGGGGACGACCCUGGCCCUGAAGAACCUCAGUCAGCCUUUAUCGUCUGCACUGCCAACGUCGGUGAACGUCAAAGGAGGCCGUGGCAAGGCCGGUCUGACAAACCUGGGCUGGUGGGGUAUUGAUGUGAAGAAGCAGAAGUACACUGGUUCCUUCUACGUUAAAGGGUCAUACAAGGGAUCUUUCACAGUAUCCCUCCAGUCCAACUCUACGGGAGACGUGUUUGCCAGCACCAAGGUCCGGUCCAAGAGUGUGCGCGGCGACUGGACGCAGCAUGAAUUCACCUUGACCCCCCGUAAAGCCGCGCCCAACACCAAGAACACAUUCUCGAUUAGCUUUGAUGCAUCCAAAACGGCAGAGGGAUCGCUCGACUUCAACCUGAUUAGUCUUUUCCCUCCAACCUACAACGACCGUCCAAAUGGUCUUCGGAAAGACUUGAUGCAGGCUAUGGCAGACUUUGGCCCGAAAUUCCUCCGGUUCCCCGGUGGAAACAACCUCGAAGGCGACUUUAUCGCCGGCCGGUGGAAGUGGAAUGAGACCAUCGGACCCUUGAAAGACCGCCCGGGCCGUGCCACCACUUGGAAUUACCAGGAGAGCCUCGGACUGGGAUUGGUUGAGUACAUGGAAUGGUGCGAUGACCUGGGAAUCGAGCCGAUCCUCGGAGUCUGGGCCGGUUUCGCCCUGAAUGGCGACGCGAUUCCCGAAGCCGACCUUGACUUCUAUGUACAAGACGCACUGAACGAAAUCGAGUUCCUCACUGGCUCCACAGACACCGAGUACGGCGCUCUGCGUGCCUCGGUCGGUCAUCCGGAGCCAUGGACCCUGCGGUACGUUGAGGUUGGCAACGAAGAUAACCUCAACAACGGACUGUCGUCGUACAAGUCGUACCGAUUCAAAGCAUUCUACGACGCGAUCAAGGCCAAGUACCCGGGCAUGGUGGUUAUUGCCUCGACGAUCGAUAUGACUCUUCCGGGUGAUGCGGCCGGCGAUUACCAUCUAUACGACGUUCCUGAUAACUUUGUAUCUCGGUUCAACUUCUUCGACCAAUUUGAUCCGAAGAACAAGCUCUUACUUGGUGAAAUCGCCGCCACCGAGUUUAACAACGGCAAGGGCAUCGACUGGAGCGACACCAACUUCUCCCUGUACCCCUGGUGGAUCGGCACCGUUGCCGAAGCUGUCUUCCUUCUUGGUGCAGAGCGCAACGCCGACAAGAUCAUUGGAACGACCUACGCCCCCUUCUUCAUGAACCUCGAUAACUACCAAUGGUCACCCACCUUCAUCGCCUUCAACGCCGAUCCAGCUCAAACUGCCCGAUCCGCCAGCUGGCAUCUAUACAACCUCUUCUCCCACACCCACAUCACCAACACCCUGCCCUCGACCUCCACCUCCGAUUUUGGGCCCCUUUACUACGCCACAGGCCUCGACAAGACCACCAACUCCCGCAUCUUCAAGGCCGCAGUAUACAACAGCACCGAGGAGGUCCCCGUCUCGCUGUCCUUCGAGGGCGUCAAGGCCGGCACGAAGGCGCAGCUGACCGUUCUGAGCGCCCCCGACCCGUUCGCCAUGAACGAGGUGGGUGGGCAGAACGUGGUGUCGGAGAAAGUCACUACCGUGCGUGCAGGCAAGAAGGGUGUCUAUGAGUUUAAGUUGCCGAACUUGAGCAUUGCCGUUUUGAAGACUGAUUAA